AUGUUUAUAACAUAAGAGAUAAUUUGAUCGAGCAUUUUAAAGAACUUGUGUGACUUAACGUUUGUUUGUAUUCCUCUAGUGGUGGGAGUUGGCGUCGUUGUUACAUUAAAUGCCAAAUGCACCAAGGAAGAUAAGGAACAUUCGACUCUCCUUUUAUUCGCGCGAUGCAUUUAUGUUUAUGUCAUAGUAUCUAACCUUUCGUAAACUGUCGGCCCUCCGCACUGGUGGUCGUGAUAGCAAAUCAAAUUUUUAAUAGGUGUUAUUGAAAAGAAAAAAAUGGCAAAAUGUUUCUAUUUGGGAUACCUUGUAAUAUUUGUUAUUAUAAAUUUAGUGACUGCAGAGCGAAUAAAAGAUAUGAUUUAUAUGUCGUUUGAAGGAGUUUCUGCCUGUUUCCGUAGACAUAAUGGAACACAUCAGUUUGGAUGUUCUUCAAGUAGGUCAGGAAGCGUUGGUGUUAUUCAUUUCAUCGAAGAAGAAGACAAUAUCAGUUGGAUCGAACAUAAUGCUACUGCUGGACCAUAUACAGUAGUCAUUCCAUUUUCUAUGUUUACUAGACCUAUGCUACUCCGAUUACGGAAUACAAAUAAUAUAAAUGGAGUUUUAUUAGCAAAAAAUGUCAGUCAUGUACGCCUUGAUCAUUAUUCUCCGGAAGAUACUUGUCCGAACAGAUAUUCAGGAUACACAAGGUGUAACGAUGUUAAUCCAUGGAAUCCAUUUGGAUCCUUUUUGCUUAUGGAAGAUUGGCCCUUUCCAAUGUUUUUCAUAGAGAACCAAACGUUGAUAGAAGCCAUAAAGUCUUGUUUCCAAAAACACAAUGCGCAAAAUUUAGAUACUCAACACUCGCGACCAUUGUGCGCGCUAGAAAUGAAGUCAUUCAUGUUUGCCGCAAUUAAUUCUGAAUCUUGCAUUAAGCGCAGCGAUUCUAAAGUAAACUUCAAUCCAAUGCAAUUUUGCGAUCCUUUGGGAGAUAGAAACAUACAUUGGCCUUUAACUCCGAUAAAUAAAGACAAAAAUUCCAUUACAUUAGUAACAGCCAGAUUGGAUGCUUCGUCUUUAUUCGAUGGAUUAUCACCCGGAGCGGGUAACAUAGUAACAGGAUUAGUAACUCUACUUGCCACUGCCUAUUAUUUGAAUCUCUUGUUUAAAAACGUUACAAUACCGGACAACACAAACGUGGUUUUCUCAUUAUUAAAUGGCGAAGCUUUUGAUUACAUAGGAUCUAGUAGAUUAGUGUAUGAUUUAAAAGAAGGUAAUUUCAACGCACUGGGCGGAGUGAACUUAAAAUUUGACGAUAUUAAAUGUGUCAUCGAAUUUGGUCAGCUAAAUAAAGGAAAUUUAUAUUUUCACUCCAACAAUGGAAAGAACAAUAAAAUGAUAAAUAAACUGCAGAAAGCACUGAAUGCAUCUGUUCUGGAAGGUAGCGUUCCACCUGCAUCGAUACAAAGUUUCUUAAAACAAAAUCCUGAUUUAACGGCCGUCGUUAUAAGUAAUCAUGGUUACCAAUUUGAAAAUAAAUUCUACAACAGUAUAUUGGACGAUGCAGAAGGCCUUCAUUUUAACAGAAGCGACCCAAGUGAUCUUGCAGCACCUUUAGCAAAUAUAGCAAUUAACGUUGCCAAGUUUCUUUAUGAAAACGUGACUGGCAAACUGCCACCAUCCGCGGAUGAAUCCCUUCAAUCUGACGUCAAAGAUCACAUCUCUGAAAUGUUAAUCUGUUAUCUGGAAAGUCCCAAUUGCAAUUUGUUCCGUUCUGCUUCAUCGCCAGGUGUUAAAUUAACCAAUCAAGUUCUGCCAUUAUAUGUCGGUGUAAACAGAGUACCAAAUACUGCCACGACAUUGACUGGUCAGCUUCUCGCUUAUUUGACUAGGAAGGAAUUGCCAGACAUGAACGACACCGCAUGUUAUAAGAACCAUCUUGUUUGGAUGGCAGCUGGUAACAAUUUUACUGGUUUGUGCAUUAAUUCCACUGUGAAUUUUAGCACGGCUAUGAGUCCAGCAUUUAUCAUCGAUGGGUAUGAUAUGAAGUCAGGAAAAUACUCUACAUGGACAGAAUCUGUAUGGGAAACAUUAAGCGUAAGAAUGUUCCUAAAGCCAUCAGCAGCUACAGAGCGAUUCAGUAUGAUUCUAGGUAGCUUGGUAGCUGGCUUAGCAUUCUUUUUUGUAUGGUUUAUUAAUUCCCGAGCUGAUAUAUUGUUCAAUUCAAGUGAUUAUUCCAGAAGAGGAACAAACUGCUAGGGACACGCUGCGGACCACAUAUCAAUGACCAGGUUGGAUCAUCGAAAUGAUAAAAAUAUCCCAAUAACUAGCCUUUGAAUCUAUGUGUGGUACGCCCUCGGACAAUUUUUAUAUCUGAAUGUUAAAGUGUAUUCUGAUACCACCAUCGUUUUAUUCCAGCGUUAUCGCGAAGUUACGAUAACUAAUUUAAUUAAAUUUUUGCACCUGCUAUUAGUACGUCGAGAACAUGUGCGUUUGCUUGAUCCUUCGCGUUGCUUUUCCCGACUCUGUUGUUGAUUAUACUUUGACGUAAAUACAUUUUUGUAAAUGGAUCAUUUGUAUUCGAUAAUAAAACGUGAAAUUUUUUUUUUAAUUCCACGAAAAGUCGAUACUGAGAUUGUUGCGCGUGUAUCGCAAUAAUAAGCAGGGUAUAUAUUAUCUAAAACUGUUCGUUACACAUUUGAUUUUUGUUAGAGUCAUUAUGUAUACAAUUGUAAACGUGCGCAUUUUAUUUACACGGUGCAAAUAAUCGACGAAGCACUAUGAAAGAUCAUUUAAUUCUAUGUCAUUCACUUUUUCACGAACAUUAGUAUUAUAUAUGUUAUACAAUAUAUUUAAUUCGUAUUUGAAUGCAUCGUGAAUAAUUUGUGAUGUGUCUAUUGAAAUCUAAUAGCUAAUAAGUUUAGUAAUCAGUCUUGUAUUUCUUUAUUUAUUUCAUCUUUGUAUUAUAAUUUAAUCGAUGUAAGCGCAGGAUAUUUAAUUCGUUCAGACGAUCCUUGCUUAUACUACCCAAAAGUACAUAGUUAAUUGAAUUGUAUUGAAUAGUUGAGUAAAGAAAGUAACAAUGUAUAUGUAAUUUAAGAAAAAGUUUUGUUACCCGUUGCAAAACGUUAAGCAAUUCAUUUGAUAAAAACAUUUUCGAUUACAAUAAAAUUUUGUCAAAGAAAAGUAAGUCCAUUAUUAAGGAACUUAUCUGAAAUGUAUAUUACACUGUUGUAUAUUUAUUAUCAUUUUACUUUCUUCGAUCGUACUUUAGAAACUUCAAGAUACUUUGCGUGAAGAUUGAUGCAAACACAAAAAUUACGAAUGAUACCAUACAAACAUUCUAGGCAAAAGAAAUUUGUAUCUCUAACAGAGAUACUAAUCCUGAAUCCUUUUAUUCUUAAUCAAAAUCUAGAUUUUUUUUUAUAAAUAAUUACCUAUGAUUACUUGCAA